GUGCACAAACCUCAUUUGUAUAAAGACCUUUAAUUAAACAGCCCCUUUAAUUCUUGCCUUUACCCGCUGAACUCUAUCCAUUUCAGGCAUAUAACGAUUUUCAUUUAGUCAGCGGUUUACGUGGCCACAUAACUAGUUAUAUUUUAAUAUACUAGGCUUUAAUCCUGAAGGUCAAAUGAGUUAAGAUAACAACGCAUUCAAACUGUAUACCUUUCUUCGUGCAUCUAUCUAUAAUGUGUACCAUCAAACAAAAUCAAAUUGCCAAUACUUCUAACCGUUUGUCCAUGUGAAGCUUACCCGUUAGCAAGGCUGGCUGGCAUUAAACUAAAAUCCUAGCUUACUUACAAAAUCCUAGUCUUAACCUUUAAGCUCAAUUUCUCACAGAUUAAGAUAAGAGGUAAAUCACAAUAGAACAGAUCGCAAUUGUCCGAAAAACGGCCGAAAAUUUCAAUUUUCUAAAAGCGUUACUUUUAGCCUUAGAACAUUAAUUUUCGAUCAUAAACAUGAAAAACUGCGAACUAAUCUUUAACCAGCCUUCCUACGUCACUGGUUUUCAGACAUGUUCGCGAGAAUUGGCUCAUUCCAAGACAAAAAUAAAAUAAGUUGUCUUAAUGUUCAAUCUGUAAGAGUGCAGCUUUAACUUGCUAAGCCUAACAGCUUACUCAUACAUAAGGCGAUUUGUUAAAGUAUAACAUGAAAGACUACUGCAAAGGGAUAUCGAACACGGCAUUUAAUCUUAAUUUAAACAUUAGAUACCAAAAUGUAAAGUAAUGAGUUCGAUAAAGUAGGAUAGUUUAUCCGAUACAUAUCUUAACAUGCAUGAUAAGAAGCCGUGGGAGAUUUGAAAGAAUGUUGUGUCUGAGAUUAAACAGAGCGUUACAAGAUUUUACCGCCAUUCCUAGGUUAUGAUGAUGCAACUAUUGCAAAGCACACGUGAUUAGUUGUAAUAAGAAACGACCAAUCAAAACGCUGUAUAUAUUAAUCCUUGUUGACAUUCAAUGCUACGACAUACGAACAUUUCCCAUUAGUAUUUACUAUAGUAAACAUGGCGCGCGGCGUGAAAAUAGCAUGUGUUGUGUUUUUGUGUUCAGUUUGUAAUACUUGUGUUUAUUCUAAAGUUUUUAGCCGGUCGAUGCAUGAAAUUUCAAACAUUCAGAAACCUUCAUUAAACUUAUACGAACAAGGAAUAUUAAACAGGAUUAAACGAGCACAAAAUUCUAAUUCUUCAUUUACUACGGAUAAUGUUUACAAUGCAGAUAAUUUUCAUUCACAAAAUUCGAGUGUGACAACAACGGAAAUCUUAUUGACCGAAUCAAACGAGGUUUAUGUACAUUGGUCCGGCUUGAAAAAUGAGACGGUUUUCGUUUUAACGCGACAACAACGUGCUGGACAAGUGUUGAGCAGCACUUUGUGGAGGUCUGCGGAUGCCGGGGCAACUUUUACAAUCGUCCAUUUUGACCAGAAUAUACUAGUAAACCAUCUCGUCACUGCACCCGCGGACCGAACCAAGACAGUUCUAAGUGACCUAGCAAACAGGCGGCUAGCCGUGACGUCAGACAGCGGGGCCACGUGGUCUACAGUGGACAUUCCAUUUGCGCCCCACCGACUCCUCCUUCACCCACGGGACGCAGGGUUGAUAUUGGGAUAUGACCUCAGAGAACUUAAGCUGUACGUAUCGGAGAAUUUUGGGCGAACAUGGACACUCCUACAGGAACGCGUCACUGAACGCUUUUUCUGGGCUGUCCCGGAUGUGGAUCUGGACAUGCGCACUGUGCAUAUGGAGGUCCAGGAUCCUGUGGGACCCGUCACCUACUACGCAUGUACAGUACCAACAUGCGAACCAUUACCAAUUAACAAUACUCUCGGGACGAUAGAUUUUUACUCUCUUGUGGUGGAGGGAGACUAUAUAUUCGUGCAGAAAUCCACAGAUGAUGUUACUUCCUUUUACGUGUCAUACAAGCGCGGGCCCUUCCGGAAGGCGUACCUACCUACAGAUAUGCAGGCAUUGGAUUACAAUGUUGUCGAGAGCGACGACGGUCAAGUGUUUCUGGCGGUGGAUUACGAAGGGGGGUCGGCCAAUCUGUACCUGUCUGACAUCACGGGUCAGUUUUUCGUCCUGUCCCAGCAUAACGUGGUCGGCCUGAGGUACCCGGGCAAGUUUGACGUGGAUCUGGUCCAGGUCGAGGGCCUAAGGGGCGUUUACCUUGUGAAUAAGUUUGAGGCGCCUAUAAGCGACAUGGCGCUGCUUUCCCAACGAACAUAUAUUACCCACAACAAGGGCGGUAGGUGGCGCCUCAUGGAUGCACCGGAAGAGACGCGGGAGCAAUGUGCGCAGCCGGAGCUGUGCAACCUUCACCUUCAUCUCGGUUUCACCAACACCUACCUCUCGAUACCGCUUGUGGAGACGACGGCCACCGCCCCAGGGCUACUCGUAGCCCACGGAACCACCGGCGCCUUUCUGGAUAUCGCCACCUCCCACGUGUUUGUGAGCAGGGACGCCGGCCUCACGUGGACACCAGCGCCGUUCCAUGGCAACCACUUUCUAAGUAUUCUGGACCAGGGCGGAGUAAUCGCUGCAAUAUCAGCAGACAGCGUGCCAACAAAUAUCGUCCACAUAUCAACCUCCGAGGGCCAAACCUGGGUAAGCCAAAACUUUUCUGAGACCAUGCUGACGGUGGACGGAUUUGUCAACGAGCCUGGGUCAAGGUCACUUAUUACCAGUUUGUUUGGCCACCGGUCUGGGGCCGCGGGCUGGAGCCUCAUGCAGCUAAACUACACCGCUCUGCUCGAGCGCCCGUGCACUGAAGAGGAUUUUGAGCUGUGGACACCAAAAACAUCCAAACAGAGCAGUGGGCAAAAUUGCAUUAUGGGCGAGAGUUUGGAAAUUGAGCGGAAGAAGACAACCUCAAACUGCUAUGUCGGUAGGGACUAUUUGCGGAAAAAGUCACCGAAAACGUGCGCAUGCGCUGCAGAGGAUUUUGAGUGCGAUUUCGGUUACGAAUACGGUCCCGACGGGACUUCCUGCGUUGCAAGCUCCUGGUUUAACCCUGACUCACUUCCGGAACAGAUUUGCCGACACGGAAAAUACAAUAAAUCCGCGGGGUACCGAAAGGUGGCAUCCAGUGCCUGUUCCGGAGGCGACGUAGCCGCCUUCCUUCCGGUGGAGACGGACUGCCCAUUGUUGCCGCCCAGAGGCUUGCUGAUCACGACGGCAAAAUCCUGCGUACAGAGAGGAGCUAACGUCAUAUUCAACCUUAGACAAGUGUCUGGGUCGGAAACUGAAACAGAAUAUACCUGGACGUUCGGAUCCCAAGUUGCUCCGUUAAAGUUCCGUGGUCUCUCGGAGGCAGCGUCAGUUACGCGAGCGUUUUCAACGGCUGGACGUAUCAACGUCACCGUAACGGCAGUGAACGGCAAAGGACGGGCAAACGCUACAAUCACAAUUACAGUUGAAGAUGAAAUUCGGAGCAUCUUGGUUGAGAUUCCAUGGGGUGCUCGCACGGACACACCCAGUUUCUUCAAUGUUACUGUUUUGGGCGACGACAACCACACUGACUGGAAUCAGGAAAACUCCCUGCACUUUGUCUGGGAAUUCAAAAAUAAGGUGACGGGAUCGAUACGUCAGCUCACGUGGCAAAACGUCAUACAGCAACAAUUCCAAGAACCCGGACAAUACACAUUUACGUUAAACGUUUACAACUCCGUUAGUUCCGUCUUCUAUACACAGGACAUGACUGUUUACGACAAUGCUAUAACAGUGCGAAUUCAUUUCUCAGAAGAGAUAAAUUACUACAACAGCGAAAGCUUAAAUAUACGACAAGCACUGGCGGAAAUUCUGUGUCAUAAUCUUGCUCAGAUUCUCGGAAUUCGUCGGACACGGAUCAUCAUGUCGGUGCCGCCAAUCCAGCCGGCCGUCGGGGACAUCACAGUUCUUCCGCCCAAAUCCGGAAACAACGAGCAGGAAACGCACCAGGUUGUUAGCAGCCUUUUGGACCAGGCCAGACAACAGUUUCUCGCCUUUCCUCUGUUUACACGAGACGACGUCGUCACCAUAAUGGAUGCAAGAAUUUUGGAUUUACGGACGGGUUCGGAGGCAGUUGCCACGCCACCGCCAGAGGAGACCACGACGCCCGAGAAAUCAUUGUCCUCCCAUGUAACACAUAGUCUGUUAGCCGUCUAUAUAUCCGUUCCUGUGUGUUUAGGCGCCCUUAUUGCAGCUGCAGCCAUGAUAAUACAUUACAAAAGAAAAUUGCACUCUCAAAAGAAGUACUAUCCAAUCGUUCGCCACCGGUCGCGGAUACACCACGACUCGACGUGCUCAUGUGGGGAGGACGACAUUUUGGGUGUCGAAGAAAUAGAAAACGACAUUGUCCCCGAUGACGAUUUACAAGGUUUAGAGCCAACGUUGGUGAUACUCAACGAGCCCGUUCACUCACAAAACACAAACUUUAUACGAAAUCAACGAUGCUGACAUGUGCUAGCUUUUUUGUUGAUUUUUAUUGUUGUUGAUUGUGUUUAUUUAUUUAUUUAUUGCGGCAGCUUUAUAGUGCUUGUUGAAAGAUACCGUGAUUAACCAAUGCAAACAUGUGUUAGUAUAUUUUUGUUCAAUAAAUCAUGUGCUGUUUUGAAACUAUACUGCACAUAAACCAAAAUUUGCUGAUU